GCAGCCAUCUUCCAGGUUGGUGUGCGCGUGGCUCUCUGGUCUUAGGCGCCGCACACGCUGCGUGAGGAGCCCAGGCCGCGGAGACUGCCUGUUAGGGUCGUGGGGAGACUGUCUGGAGGCCACUCCCCUGUGCGGCGUGUGCUAGGGGGCUUCUAUCCGGGGUAACUGGGCCUGGCCCAGUCUUGGUUGCCGGGCAUCGGCCUAACUCCAAACUUGAGCAUGUGCUGUUGGGUUAGGACUUACGAUUCUGGGUCUUAACGAUAUCUGGGUGUGUACAAUCCUGGAAUUGGCUCGGGCGAGAAGGGUGCCCGCCGGGUCAGCCUGGUAAUGAUAUAGAUGUAAUGGGGAUCCCACCUCCGGAUGCAUGAAACACUUAGCAAUUUGCAAAUUUUGGCCCUUAGAAGACGAGAGUAGGGAAGGAAGGUAACAUUAAGGCUGCAAGGUCAGUUGGUUACCUAGUACACCAUGCUUUGGGGCUUCCCAUGUUGGUUAGGAAUGGCAGGUAUUUCUGCCCUGUAUGACUGGAGUAAUCCAACCUUGUUGGUUCGUGGGAAAACAAGAUCUGGCUCUAAGUAUGUGUAGUUGUAACUCGCCAAAAUGACGAACACAAAAGGAAAGAGGAGGGGUACUCGGUAUAUGUUCUCUAGACCUUUUAGGAAACAUGGAGUCGUUCCUUUGGCCACAUACAUGCGAAUCUACAAGAAGGGUGAUAUUGUAGACAUCAAGGGAAUGGGCACUGUUCAAAAAGGAAUGCCCCAUAAGUGUUACCAUGGCAAAACCGGAAGAGUCUACAAUGUCACCCAGCAUGCCGUGGGCAUCAUUGUGAACAAGCAAGUUAAAGGCAAGAUUCUGGCCAAGAGGAUCAAUGUGCGGAUUGAGCACAUCAAGCACUCAAAGAGCAGAGACAGCUUCCUGAAGCGGGUGAAGGAGAACGAUCAGAAGAAAAAGGAAGCCAAAGAGAAGGGCACCUGGGUUCAGCUGAAGCGCCAGCCUGCGCCACCCAGAGAAGCCCACUUUGUGAGGACUAACGGAAAGGAGCCUGAGCUGCUGGAGCCCAUUCCAUACGAAUUCAUGGCCUAAUGUAUACAAAGGAAAUAAAGAACCUGAACUGCAAAGUCUUCUCCUUAGGUUGAAGUGUGGUGUCUUCUCCCUGAAAGAAAAUGUUAAAGCAAAUUUUCAUUGUCUUUGCUGUUCAGAUUUUACUAAUUGUUCUUCUAAAUGAUACUGCUUAGUGUGCAGAAAGUAUACUCUUGAAUAGAAAGUAGUCUAGAAUAUUUACAGAAUAUGUACCCUAGUUCUGAAUCACCAGGGGAAAGCUGAGAGAAAUUAGUUUGUGGCCAGGCAUGGUGGCGCAGCUCUAAACUAGCACCUGGAGGCCGAGGCAGGCGGCUCUAGCCCUGCAGGACUUGCAUAGUAGCAUGUGAGGGUCCCAAGGUGGAGUAUCAGAGAGUGCGUGCCUGGUGUGGUUCCCACAUCAAAGACUGAAUUCUCCAGAGCGGGCAAACAAAACCAAGCCAAGGACAGGGCUGGCCACAGACAUUUUGUACUACUUGCUGAAAAAGCAUUGAUUGUUUUCCUGACCUAAAGAGCAAGGACAAAUUGGCAUUGGGCUCACCUUUCUGGUGUUCUUUCAGGCUGUAUAUCACAGGUGCAUUUAAUAAAUGUCACCACAGAGUGUUAAA